UGACGAUCGCUUUGCCUCUACAGAGAUAAACAGGGCCAUAUUGUUCUAGAAUUACCAUAUUAGGCAUAAGAAUAAAGGCAUCAAGAUUGGGAGACCCUAUUCUCUUUUUUCUGACCUAUUCAUGGUCCAGUACCGUGGAGCUAUCAGUGUCCAUAUUCCACACCUAGUCAAUAGAAGAGCUUGUGAUGGCCUCCAUUCUUCGACAGAUCGUUGCUGGACCGAGGAUACCACACCCAGAGGCAGGGUUGGAUCUAUGCUAUGUGACGGACAACAUCAUCGCAACCUCUGGCCCGUCAGCCACUUACCCGCAGCGGGCCUAUCGAAAUCCGCUCGAUGAGUUGGUGGCUUUCCUCGAUUCGAAGCAUGACAAAGACUGGUGCAUCUGGGAAUUUCGUGCGGAGGGGACGGGAUACCCGGACUCAGAGGUGUACGGUCGUAUCCAUCAUUUUCCCUGGCCGGACCACCAUCCGCCGCCGUUUGCACUGAUACCGUCCAUCGUGGGGAGCAUGAAAAAUUGGCUGCAUCGGCUCGAUGAUGGUGAGGACAGCGGGUCAAGCAAGUUAAAGCACAAGGGUAAGAAUAGAGUCGCUGUAGUGCAUUGCAAGGCAGGCAAAGGUCGCAGCGGGACUGUGGCCUGCAGCUACUUGAUCAGUCAGGAGGGCUGGAGUCUGCAAGAUGCCUUGAAACGAUUUACAGAGAGACGCAUGCGAUCAGGCUUUGGCGAUGGUGUCAGCAUUCCGAGUCAAGUCCGUUGGGUAGGCUACGUACAUCGUUGGACAAAUCAGAUGGCGAAGAAGUACAUUGAGCGCCCCGUGGAGAUCUUGGAGAUACAUGUGUGGGGGUUGAGAGAUGGUGUCAAGGUUGCAGUCGAAGGGUUUGUCGACGAAGGCAAGAAGAUCAAAUGUUUCCACCUGUUCCACCGGAAUGAGCGGACCGUCGUCGAUGACGGGCACCCCGUGCCCUCAUUCGAGAAGAACAAUCAUACACACAACAAGAAUGCCACCGGGGCUCCCAUCUCAGCGGUCAGUCCGCGGUCGAAUUUUGUGUCCCCUUCAUCCGGGUCUUCGGAGACCGUCAUCGCACCGACCUCGCCGGCAGUGUCGAGCACUCCGGACCCUCCUCCUGCUAAGCAGGUAUCGGCCAUACUUUUGCGGCCCAGCAAGCCGGUGAUUCUGCCAACUUCGGACAUCAAUAUAGACUUCGAACGGCGCAGCAAAGCCGCCUAUACAGGCUGGGCCAUGGUGACGUCUGUUGCUCAUGUAUGGUUCAACGCGUAUUUCGAAGGCGGCGACACUCAUACCUCUGGGGUCUUUGAAACUGAAUGGGAAGUUAUGGACGGCAUCAAGGGUAGUGGUCGAAAGGGAGUCAAGGCCCUCGAUCGGCUCAAAGUGGUGUGGCGAUAUCCGCCCCGGUCACAGCUUGGACUCGAAGAGCUCGGAAAGGAAGACGUCGGCCCAGUAGUCGAGAAAGUCAUCGGCGAGCCGGAACCAGGAGAGCCGAUUCCAGAAAGCCAUCCGGCAGAUUGGCGAGGAGAAAAUACAGAAGAGAAUUCGGACUCUUGUCUGCGCGAUCAAGAGAAUAUCUCCCGCCAGAUUGCAGAUGAAGGCAAGGACAGGAAGGAUGUCAAGGGCUUGGCCUCCAGCACCGACCAUUCCCUGCUUGCAAACCUCAGCACUGUGGCCGCGACUGCAGCAUCUGCAACCUCGCAUUCAUUCCACGAGAUCAAGAGGGAAUUGGGGCUGCGAAAGCAAACCCCAACCAGUCAAGACGUAAGUCUUGCCAACAGCAUGGAAGAUCUCUCAAUCAGACCCGACCAAGACAAAAGGAGAGCCGAAACGCAGAAUCCUGUCGGCCAAAAAGUAGAAAACGGCGAUUUGGAAGGCGUGCAGUCAUACUUUGAGAACCGUGACAUUGGCUCAACUGAGCAAGAAACCACACGAACAUAGAGAAAAAUAUCUAUCUGUUGGAUCUAUAUCAGGUACUUAUACACGCCAGUACUACAGGAAAUAUAGGAGAUCACCUUAUUUAUAAAUAGGCCAUGCCAAUCAAUCAUAGAGAGAGUUCAC